CAAAACCGUGUCGCGGGCGCCAUGCAGCUGUAUUCCGUCGACCGGAAGGUGAGCCAGCCAAUAGAGGGCCACGCCGCCGCAUUCUCGCAGUUCAAGAUGGAGGGCAACGCGCAGGAAUCGACGCUCUUUUGUUUCAGUAUGCGCGGCGCUCAGGGCGGAAAGCUGCACAUUAUAGAGGUUGGCUCUCCCCCGACUGGGAACACGCCCUUCACGAAGAAAGCCGUCGACCUGUUCUUCCCUCCGGAAGCACAGAACGACUUCCCUGUUGCGAUGCAGGUGAGUCAGAAGCACGACGUGAUCUUCCUCAUCACCAAGUACGGCUACAUUCACCUGUAUGACCUUGAGACGGCCACCUGCAUCUACAUGAACCGCAUCAGCGGCGACACCAUCUUCGUGACGGCACCGCACGAGAACAGCAGUGGCAUCAUCGGCGUCAACCGCAAGGGCCAGGUGUUGUCGGUGAGUGUGGAGGAGGACAACAUUGUACCCUACAUCACCAACGUGCUGCAGAACCCGGACCUCGCUCUGCGCAUCGCCAUGCGUAACAACCUCACCGGCGCUGAGGAGCUGUUUGUGCGCAAGUUCAACGCCCUCUUCAGCCAGGGAAACUACUCUGAAGCUGCCAAGGUCGCUGCCAGCGCCCCCAAGGCCAUCCUGAGGGAACUCGCAAAAACGAUCCAGAAGUUCCAGCAGGUGCCUGCGCAGCGCCGCGCCAGACGUCGCCACAGCUGCAGUACUUUGGCAUCCUGCCUGCGACCGAGGGCCAGACUAACCAAGUAUGAGUCGCUGGAGCUGUGCAGGCCCGUACUUAGCGCAGGGGUUCGCAAGCAGCUGCUCUGA